AUGGACGCAGACAGACGGCUCGCCAAAGCUCUCGAGGCUGCCAACGACGCUCUCCAACAUCUUUCAAUAACCGCGGACUUCGGAAGUCUAGACUGCACACAUAUCGACCGACUCCUUGGGCGGGUAGUCGACCUACCAACCGAGGGAAACCAAAGGAACAGCAGGCGAAAUUUGCUUGUCAUCCGACAGUGGAUGAUUAGUGAAGGCCCCGGCGUUGUGCUUCUUGAAGUCCUGGGUCAGUUAUAUUGGCGGUUGGGCGAGCUCAAUAGCAACCAGUUCGAAAAGUUCAAAGCAGCACUUCAGCAACGACAGCCAUACGUUACUUUGGUGAAAGACGCGAACGCAGUAGCGCUGGUGAUUCAGCGCAUUCGAUACAUUCAGAGAUCGAAGGCGGACGCUUGUCAAGACUUUCUGUCCGAGUUGUCGGAUCUUAUCGGCGCUAAAGGACCCGCAAGUCUCAUCAAGUAUUUCCCACUUAGCACGGUCCCCGCUGCCGCAGAUAUGGAAAACUUCCUCAUCGACUUCUAUGUCAGGGGCAUCUGCCCGGGUCGCACCGUUGCAUCGCAGACGAAUGUGUACACGUCGUUAUUACAGGUUGCGGAUACUUGCUUAAGCACACGCUACGCUAUCCUCAGUCUCUCAGCAUCAUACCUCUGCGAACAAAUGCCGAAAGACAAGGAUACCUAUCACCAAGCGGAACUGUAUUACUCGACGCAAGCACUUCAAGCUCUAGCAUCACAAAUCAGCGAUGGUCAUCACUAUAACGGUGCCCUGGCUACUAGCAUGCUACUGAUGCACCACGGCCUGAUCAAUCAAGACGACUCCCUGAUGUGCUGGUCAUGUCACGCUAAUGUGCUCGAUGCGAUUCCCCCGGAAGCAAUCACCCACAACUCUGACACUGUCAUGUUCCUGCACGCUCAGCUCAUCUUGGCAAGUACCGCACGAACUUCUCACCAGUUAAGCAACACUCGGCAGCAUGCGUUCGAGACCACGAACUGGUUGGAUAGUAUAUCGCCAAGCGAAUCUUCCAGGACUUCGACUACUCUGGGAGUCUCACCUCAGUUGCUCUUCCUCAUUUCAUCCAUAACAUCACUUCCGACGGGCCCAUACAGACUAAACAAACUCAUGUACGCCCAAGCACAAGAGAAACAGCUUCAAGAUCUAAAGCAGUGGAGUUCAGAGCCAGAUGGACCGGAGAAGGAGAUCUUGCUCGCUACAGCAGAGGCUUUUCGUCUCGCCGCGCUCAUCUACCUGCGCUGCCGCGUCUACGGAUUCACAAGAUUCCACUCUUCCAUCCUCGAGCUCUCCGACGCACUCCACACCUUGAUCCUCUCCUUACCAGUCAAAGGUCCACUAUACACCGCCAUCUACCCCGUCUGGCCCUUCUUUAUCGCUGCAGUCACUGCAAACUCAGACAAGCGCGACCGCCUAUACCAGCGCGUCGUACCAAUACGGGAAGGCGACAAGAACACACUCCCACCCGUGCUCAGGCGUAUCAGUGGUAUGCGCACCUGGCUUGCAAACCAGGACACGUCAUGCCAGCGCGACGACGGCUGGUGGGACGAAAUGCUUAGUCCCAAGUCUAGCACCAUCGCAUUGAGCCCGCAUCUGCUGUGCUUGGGUUGA